AAGAUUGUGAAGGAAAAGAAGAACCAGUUCAAGACACUGUAGUGACAUCCAUUGAGGAAUCAAAUUCCAGUGUGCAGCCAUUCAUACAACCUGAAGAGAGCCCAAAUGUCUCAAGAAGGUGGCAUCAAAUCAGCCGUCGUUGGAGGUCCAAGCUUGAGAAGCUAGCUAACAUUGAUGCUAGCAAAACAUACAGACUGGGAAACCUUACGCUUGUUCUUGACCCUGAAUUUCUGAUCGCUAAAGGAAGUGAUGGAACGCAGGUUUUCCUUGGUUUGAAGGAUGACGGCACUGAGGUGGCUGUGAAACGAAUGAACAGGUUUAAUUACCAAGACCUUAAAAAUGAGGAGGAAUUUCUACGACUUCCAGAACUUGAGAGUCCCUCCAUUGUGCGAUAUGUGGACUUUGCAGAGGAUAUGCAUUUUGGGUACCUUGUUCUUCAGCUUUGUGAGUACACACUGGAGGAAUAUAUCCAAGAUCACUUACCAGAUGACAGCGCUGAGAGAUCUUUGGUUCUGAAGAAGCUGGUGAAGGAAGUCCUUGACAGCUUACAGGUUUUACACGACCAGCAGACCAAAGUGCUCCAUCGAGACAUCAAACCCCAGAAUGUCCUGAUUGACAUAAAAGGACAAGCCAAACUGGCUGAUUUUGGCAUUAGUCGUCGACUGAAACAAGGCGAAACCACUUUACGAACAAGCAUUGCUGGAACUAGAUGCUGGAAGGCAAAGGAGACCAUUAAUGAGAAAGUCAACACUGGCUACAAGAGGAGCUCUGACAUUCAGGUUGCUGGGAUGUUAAUCUACUACAUUCUCUCUGGAGGACACCAUCCAUUUGGUGAAGAUGUGGAUUGUGAGUACAACAUUUCACGAGGAAGAUACUCACUGGAGCUUCUGGAUGAUGAUGUAGCGAAGGAUCUCGUCGAGUGGAUGAUCAAUGAAGAUCCAAAUGAGAGACCAACUGUGGAGCAGUCCCUCGCACACCCCUUCUUCUGGACUGAUGAAAGGAGAGUGCGGUAUCUGAAAAUAUUGGGAAAUGAGAAAGAGGCUGAAAACUGCCGUAAAGCAGAUGAGGAGCUCCUUAAUGCCAUUGCAAAAUACAGCGAGGGGAAGAGCUUUUCUGAAUGGAAGAGUAAAUUGCCUUCUGAGCUUGUGGAGAAACUGGACGGUAAGAAGAAAGCCUAUCCUGAGAACACACUGGGCCUGCUGCGAUUUAUACGCAACCUGCACGAGCAUUAUAAAGCUGAUGCUGUGAAAAUCAACCUGAUGGCUUUAUUUCCAGAUCUCUUUGGGAGUUUGUACAUUUUUGCUAAAGAGAGCGGAUGGAACUCCAGGGAAAGUGUUCAUAUGGACAUCAAAUCGGCAUCAUGAACGUCAAUGCAACAUAGUGACUGAGCAUAAAUAUUGAACAUUUGAACAUUGAACAUUUACACGGCUUUUAAGUAGUUUUAGGUUUUUUUCCCAGUUACCAAAAUACAGAUAAUUUAAUCUUUAAAAAAUGUAUUUUGUUACAUAAAUCUUUAACAUAAUUUUGAAAAUUAUAUGAAUAAAUGUGUAAUAUUUUGUACUUGCAUAAAAUUUACGUUUUUAUGACCUUCUGUGGUGGUGUUUGUUGCUGUUUAGUCUUUUUUUGAGACAAAAAAAGAGAGUGCCUUAUAACCUCGUGAGACUGGGAUUGGCGGGAAAACUCAUGAUGAUGUCAUUUAAAAAUUACUCAUAAUCACACUUUGGUAGAGAUGGUUAUUAUAAAGUGACAACUGCUCUUAACAUUACUGUGAAAUGUCCCAUCACGAACAUUCAGUGCUAUGCAGUAAGAUUCAGAGAGGUUUGUUGUUAUUUAUUGUUAUGUGUUAAGAAGGUUUUUAUUAUGCGCCAAAUAUAUGGCUGAUCUGAUUUAAAACAAAUGUUGAUGUAUUCCUCUCAACUGACCUUUAGUCUUCAUACGUUUCUCCUAAUUUGUGUUUUUCGCCAUCUGCUGGUUGGAUAUAUUAAAUACCGCUCUAAAAGAAAAAUAAACUACCUUUAA